AUGUCAACUUCGGGAGGGAUCUCGUUGGACCAUUUUCAGGCUCGCUUGACUGCGCUGCAAAAGCAGCAUCAAUCUCUCAAAGCAGCCGACUUAGAAAUGCGAGCUACACAAUCCGAGCGAUGCCGUUCUUCACUUGAGAAAGCUGUCAAGAGUCUAUUCCAAGUCAUAACUCUCGUUCGCAAACACGACAAACGUCUAGUUGCAUGGCACGACCGCAGUCCACAUCUCAAAUCAGCUCUUCGUCUAAUCGGCAUUGAUCGACGUACAGAACAUACUGUGAGCAAAACUACGGCCAAACUCAAGAAUGGUGUGCAUAAAGUCGAGACCCAGUUUGAAUACGCAGGACAGAUCAUAGGAGAGAGUAUCGAUGAUACCACACGCUUCCAGAAAGACUUUUCGCAAAUUAGUCACUCUGGAGUUGAGGAGAACCUUCAAGCCAUGAGAGCUGCUGAAGCUGAGCUGAAGAAGGAGUUGGAGGACCUCAAAUACCAGAUUCAGAAUCAGGAUGUAGAGUGUUCUGGGGCAAUGGCAGAGCUGACGCAGCAGAUUCAACGGCUUGAGGAGCUCACGGCAGAUCAUGAUUCUGCAAGAGCCUGGAAAAAUACUUGGGGAGCGGUUACAGUAAUUGCGGCAGCGGGAGCUUUUGCAAUGCCAGUUAUUGGUAUUUCGGUAGGAAUAGUAGCCGGUGUCAAAACUCUUAUGAAUUCCGAGCAACAAGAAGCCCUCAGAGUACAAAAGGAAGAACACGAGCUUCUCGUCCAAAGCCACGACUCAGAACUGAAGUCGCUUGAAUCCCAAAUGGCACAAUCAGGUCGUCACCACGACAGCUGCGCCUAUUACAUGGAUCAAAUCAAGCAGAUCCAAAGCGCAAACUUGACUAUCCGUCAAGAAUCAAGCAAAGCGUUCAAGACUCUAUGUGAAGUGCAGAUGGCACUGGAAAAGGCGAGGCUCAACAUCUUUGAGAUAUCACAAGAACUGCAGGAGUGUCAAUAUGAGAAGACCAGGCGUGGGAUAGCGGCGAGAUUGAAUGGGAUCCUGCAGAACAUUCUACAAUUUCCCGCAAAGGCGAAGUUGAAGGCUAUUGAUCAGAAGCUCAUCGAGCAGGCUACGAGUGGAAUACGUGCUAUUUCGGGUGCAACAGCUGAGGUUAUGGCCAUUGUGGGUGAGUGA